AUGGAGCUGCUGAGGCUUCUGCUGGACCACCCCUACGCCGUCGCCGGCGCGGCGGUUUCAGUGUACAUUGCGUCAAUUGUGAUCUAUCGACUCUACCUGUCGCCCAUCGCACACUUCCCAGGCCCCCGGCUCGCGGCGCUGACGGUGAUGUAUGAGUUCUAUUGGGAGGCUAUCCGGCACGGCAAGUUUACGUUUCACAUUGGCGAGCUACAUAAGAAAUACGGUACCGUCGCCUCCUUCCCUUCUCUGUGUUUUCCUCCGUCUUCGCUGUUUUCGCGGGCAUUGCGUGGUGCGAGAGUAUGUGCUGACCGUACAGGCCCUAUUGUCCGCAUCAGCCCAACAGAACUGCACGUCAACGACCCGGAAUACUACGAAGUCAUCUACAGCCGAGACAGCCCGCGUAACAAGUAUCCCUACUAUCAGCGGACUUUCAAUGCUCCCUAUGCUCUCAUCACGGCCGAAGACCACUACCGCCACCGGCUGCUGCGGUCCCAGCUGAACCCGUUCUUCUCCAUCCAGCGCAUCCGCCAGCUCGAGCCGACGCUGAAAGCGCUCGUCGAUAAGCUGUGCCGCCGGCUCGAAGAACUGAAAGGCACCGGCCAGCCGAUCGAUAUCGAGUACCCGCUUACCUGCUACACGACUGAUGUCAUCACCGACUACACCAUGGGCGAGGGCGGCUACCACUACCUCGACGAGCCCGACUUCAUUCCCCAGUGGCAGCACAUGCUCUGUGGCACGGCGAAGACACUGGUCUUCAUCCGCCCGAUUGCGUUCCUUCUGCCGGUCCUUGUCGCCAUGCCCGAGGCGCUGACGGCGUGGUUGAAUCCCGGAAUGGAACUGUUCUUCGCCUUCCAGCACCGCUGCCGUAAGCGCAUUGCCGAGAUCACAAAGAGACACCGGGAGAAUGGACCGCUUGAGACGAAGGACGGGCGCCAGAAUCUGUUCGAUAACGUGCUCAACAGCAACCUGCCGGAGCAGGAGAAGAGCGAGGCGCGACUCGCGCAGGACAUGCAGGUCUUCGUCUCUGCGGGCGCGGAGACCACGGCAAAGGCGAUGAGCUACAUUAUGUUCUACCUGCAUAACGAGCCAGCUCUGUUGCAGAGGUUGAAGGAUGAGCUGGCGCCGCUGGGCAAUGACCCGAGUCUGGUCCAGCUGGAGCAGCUGCCCUACCUGACCAGCGUCAUGCUUGAAGGGCUCCGCCUCUCGUAUGGUGUCACAGCUCGCCUCCCUCGCAUCGCCCCGUACAACGCUCUUAAGUACAAGGACUGGACAAUUCCCCCCGGUACCCCUAUCAGCAUGAGCUGUCUCCUCAUGCACCACGAUGAAUCCAUCUUCCCGGACUCUUAUCGCUUCAACCCAGACCGCUGGAUGGACCCGACCGAGCGAAAACACUUGGAAAAGUACAUGGUUGCCUUUUCAAGGGGAUCUAGGAUGUGUAUCGGGAUGCACCUCGCUCGCUCGGAGAUCCUGCUUGUGAUCUCGAGUCUUCUCCGCCGACUGAACUUUGAGCUUUACGAGACCACCGUCGAAGAUGUGCGUGUUGCCCACGACAUCUUCAUUCCAUUUGUCAAAUUGGACAGUAAGGGCGUGAGGUUCUUGAUCAAAUAACCAUUUAGCCAGCGGGUGGGUAUAUUGCAAUUCCAUUUUUAGCCUUUUUCCCCCUUUUUUUUCUUGCAUAUGAUAUACACCUGAAUGACAACA